UCAACUAAACUGGAUUACGCGUGAUGAAGCAGCAUGGUUAACUUUAGAUAUAUCUUGGACCCUUGGUUUGGUUGGUUCACAUUCCUUUUACUACUUUUCCGUCCCAAACCAGUAACCCAUGAAUAAAGCGCGUGCGUUUCUUUCUUUCUUUCUUUCUUUCUUUGCAUGAACCUGCUCUCAGUUCUGUUCUGUUCUGCUCUGCUGGCACAAUUUCCUGUCUUUAACUCCCUGACUUCAACUUCAAUCUUAAUCUCUGUUGCCACCACUUCCUUGCUUGCUUCUUCUUAUAAAGCUAGGAUUUUUAUUUAUUUCCUGCUUCAGAGUUGUUGUUGGGUACUUGGGUUUAAGGGACCUGUGAAUUAUUGGGUUAUUUGAGGUUGGUUGGUAUAUUUGUUGGAGAAAGUUACGGCUUUUUGGAUUCCCAAGUUGAAAUAUUGAUGAUGAGUCUUGCUUUGUUUGUGGUUAAGUAACUGCUAGCUUUUGAUGAAGAAAGUAGGAAGGUCCCAAUUUCUGUUAUGAGUAAAGUUGGAUACUUUAACAAGGGGGAAUCAGAAAUUCUAUUUAUGUUGUAUUCUAUCAGCUUUUAGAUCAUUGUGGAGGAGGAAUUGGUGCUUCUUCUCUUUAUUCUGGAUUGGGAUUUAGGGAUUCCUUUUAUCUUCAGUAAAAAUUUGUGGGGUGGAAUCAUUUCAAGCUAAUUAGGAAUAGGUUCUCUCAGUGCCUUAAUUGAAAAUUGAGUGUUACUAUCUGAUAUGAUGUUAUUCAAACCCAUUUGAGAACAUAGGAGGAACUAGGAAUUUCAUAUUAGAGAAAGUGACAAGUUUUUGUGUUUCUGAAGGGUUUAGGUGUAUUUAAAGAUAAAGAUGCAGCGUGUUAGAUUUUCAUCUCAACAAGCACCGGUACAUAAGCUAGGAGAUCCUCAAAUGACUCUAUCUCCUAAGUUUAGGUUAGCUGUGAUGCAAUCUUCAUUGGCAAAUCCACCGCCGGAGUUGGAGCUUUCUCUCAGAGAAGAGCCGUUAAUACCGGGGCUUCCUGAUGAUGUUGCUCUUAACUGUCUUCUUCGUCUUCCGGUACAGAGUCAUUCAUCAUGUAGAGCUGUCUGCAAGAGGUGGCAUCUGCUACUUGGUAAUAAGGAGAGGUUUUUUACCAACAGGAAGCAAUUGGGUUUCAAAGACCCUUGGCUUUUUGUAUUUGCCUACCAUAAGUGCACUGGGAAGAUCCAGUGGCAGGUUCUUGAUCUUACUCACUUUUCUUGGCACACUAUCCCUGCGAUGCCUUGUAAGGACAAGGUUUGUCCUCAUGGUUUUAGGUGUGUUUCGAUUCCACACGACGGCACUCUCUUUGUGUGCGGUGGUAUGGUCUCUGAUGUGGAUUGCCCUCUUGACUUGGUGUUGAAAUAUGAGAUGCAGAAAAACCGUUGGACUGUGAUGAAUAGGAUGAUUACUGCUAGGUCAUUUUUCGCCAGUGGAUUGAUUGAUGGGAUGAUUUAUGUAGCUGGGGGUAAUAGUACUGAUCUUUAUGAGCUAGAUUCUGCAGAGAUGUUGGAUCCUCUCAACGGGAAUUGGCGCUCUAUUGCGAGCAUGGGGACGAAUAUGGCAUCCUAUGACGCUGCGGUUCUCAAUGGUAAACUUCUAGUGACAGAAGGCUGGUUAUGGCCAUUUUAUGUCUCUCCGAGAGGCCAGGUGUAUGAUCCAAGGACUAAUAACUGGGAAAGUAUGGCUGUUGGGCUGAGAGAAGGGUGGACUGGUUCAAGUGUGGUUGUUUAUGGGCACUUAUUUGUUGUUUCUGAGCUCGAAAGGAUGAAGCUUAAGGUUUACGACCCGGAAACGGAUUCAUGGGAAGCCAUAGAGGGUCCCCCUUUGCCUGAGCAAAUAUGUAAGCCUUUUGCUGUGAAUGCUUGCGAUUGUCAAAUUUAUGUUGUGGGUCGAAAUCUUCUGGUUGCUGUUGGUCAUAUUUCUAGAUUGAAUCUGAAAGAAAGUUGUGAGGGAAAACGGAAAUUCAGCGUCCAAUGGCAUGUAAUUGACGCGCCAGAAAGUUUAUCUGAUCUGACUCCUUCAAGCUCCCAGGUGUUGUUUGCAUAGUUUUUCAUUAUUAUGUAAUAUUAUGCUAUGAAUCUUGUCUGAAUAAAAUGUAAUUAAGUAUAAUUAUUAGAGGUCUAAAAGUUGUAAUAGCAGUGUGAAGGAGUGCUUUAAGCGGUUUUUGAAUUGUAUUAAUUGUAGCUGUGUAGCAUCUUCUUGUGGUUCUUGGGCUAUGUUAAUAUGUUGAUAUUUUAUCCUUGAAGAACA